GUUAAUGAACUUAAAGAGGCUCUAUCUGGUCUAGAAGACAAGCCUGAGAUCAUUCAUAGGGAGCAAGGAGUCAUUGAGGUAGCCUAGCAUCUAAUUACCACUGCUAAUGAAUUUCAUUCUCAUCCUCUACAAGAAAUUGCUAAUAGUUUUCUCUUCUCAGGUUGCUCGACACCCUGAUGCAGUCACAGUAGUUACAGGAAUAGUCGGUUGUGCAAUACUGAAGGUAAUUGCGUUGUCAUUUUGUUUGGUACUCAUUGAAGUUAUCUAUCACAACUUGAUCUAUGCCAGGCCUCUCAGAAUCUGUUUUCGUUUUUUAAUCAGUCUUGUAAUGGUGUGAAUGCAGGUGUGCAAGAGACCACUUAAUAAAAAGGAAUUGGCAAAGAAUGAGGAAGACAUAAUAGACACACUUUCCAACUCUGUAACAGUUCAUGAGACUAAGCUCAAGGUUGACCUAACAGCAUAUGUGGAGAAACACGAGUUUGUUUCUGAUGCAGUGCUGAAUGAGGAAGUGUUUAAUGAUGAGGCUUUAUGCUCAACUUGGAGGGAUGAAGGGGCGACCGUCUUCUCUUGAGGCUGUGACAAGCAAGCUAAGAUGUGGUCCUUGGCUACAAACCAACAAUGAUUGUUGCUCUGCAUGAUGCCCCCAUUAAAGACAUGGCUGGGAUCCCCCAUUAAAGAAAUUAUUGUGGUCCUGUUGUUUGCAGUAUUUUCCUACUGCUGUUUCUUAUGUGGACUCUUAUUUUAAUUUUUUUGCUUUAUCUACUUGA